AUUAAAGUAUCAAACAAAUACGUUGAACUUGUGCAGUCAAAGUCUAUUAAGACAAUUAUAGUUUGUCAUUAUCACAGCCUGUAGUGGGCUUCUUGUUUUCAAAUUGCACGUAGGCUUCAUUGUGCACUUUGAAAGCUUCUGGUUCGCAUUGGCAGGAGGAAAUCGCGAAAAUGGUGCAGGAGUAUCAGUCACCGGUUCGAGUUUACAAGUACCCGUUUGAACUUGUUAUGGCGGCUUACCAGAAGCGUUUUCCAACUUGCAAAAUGAUACCGAUUUUUCUCGGUAGUGAAAUUAUUUCUGAAAGUACGAGCGAGGAUGGUGCCGAACAUAUUAUAGAGAGAAGAUGUAGGAUCAACGUGGAGGCACCGUAUCUUUUGAAGAAGAUUAUUGGUGUGGAUAAUGUCUUCUUCAUUCAAAAAAACACUACCAAUUGGCGUAAGAGGACACUUACAAUCAACGCAUACAACGAAAGCUUCUCAUCUCGUGUCAUUAUCAAAGAAAACUGCUAUUAUUCUGUACAUCCCGAAAACCCAGAAUGGACAUGCUAUGAGCAAGAGGCAAGCUUGGAUGUGAAAGCAUUUUUUAACUUUGAAGCAGCUGUUGAGAAACUGAUGAUAAAGAUUUACUUGUCUAACAUUAAAAAGGGUAAAGAAAUAAUCCAAUAUUAUAUUGACGAAUUGAUCAGUGAAGGAGUAAAAGAUUUACCACGGUUUGAAGAUUCUCAGGGAAAACCUCGGACAAAAAGUUUGAAUGAACCAAUAGCAAAAGAGGAAUCCAUAAAGAUUGUGAAAUCAUCCAAUCCUAAAGAAAAUGAAGUUUCUGUACAGGAAGGAGCCGUAUCUUCUUAUACUGAGUAUAAAAUUGAUGAUGAAUACAUACAUCGUUAUCUUGGUGCUUUAACACCAACUGAAGAAAAUGCAUUGAUCCAGCUUAGGAAACGUAUCAGCUUAACUCAUCUGGGAAAGAUCCCGAACGACUCAAACCUAUUGCGCUUUCUUAGAGCAAGAGAUAUGAACAUUGACAAGGCGUACGAGAUGCUAUGUUUGUCAUUAGCAUGGCGAAGACAUCAUGACGUGGACAAGAUUUUGACCGAAUGGCGUGCACCUGAGUCUGCGUUGGAAUAUUAUUCUGGUGGAUGGCAUCAUUACGAUAAAGAAGGAAGACCGUUGUAUAUUCUUCGUCUUGGCUGUAUGGAUGUGAAGGGUCUUCUUAAAACUGUUGGUGAAGAUGGUUUCUUGAAAUAUGUAUUAUCAAUCAACGAGCAAGCCAUGGCAAUGUUUGAUGAGGUAACACAAGCAAAGGGAGCGCCGAUAAGCUCCUUCACUUGUAUUUGUGAUCUUGAAGGAUUAUGCUUGCGUCACCUAUGGAGACCAGGUGUGAAAGCUUUGUUAAGAGUUAUUGAAGUGGUAGAAGCAAAUUACCCAGAACUCAUGGGGCGCUUGCUUAUUGUUCGAGCUCCAAGAAUAUUCGGGGUUUUGUGGACUCUUGUCAGUUCUUUCAUACACGAAAAUACGAGAAAGAAAUUUCUUAUUUAUAGUGGAAACGAUUAUCAGGCUCCCGGUGGCCUUACUGAUUACAUCCCUGAGGAAUAUAUACCAAAAUUUUUAGGCGGACCAUGUGAGUGUGAUAUAGGAGAAGGUGGACUUGUACCUAAAAGUUUAUAUCGUUCAGUGGAAUUCGUAGAACGAGACGGUCUUGGUCAAGAGAUCUACCACUCCUCAAUUGUUAACAAAGGAUCACCUCUUGAGACCGUUAUCACCGUCAAGGAACCUGAAUCUGUUAUUACCUGGGACUUUGACGUCAUCCAGAGUGACGUCUUAUUUACAGUAUUUCGUCACAAACGACCAAAGGAAGCCUGUAGUGGUAGUUUGACGAGUCUUGGGGAAACCCCUUCCUGUGGAGUCAUAGCUAACGUGGAUGCUGUUGUUGUAGAGAGACCAAAGAUUUGUCAUGAUGGCGAUUCUAUACAGGGUACUCACGUAUGUACUCAAGCUGGAGUUUACGUCUUACAAUGGAAGUCCAUUCCGCUUUCGGCAUCUCUCAGUUCCAGACCCCCAAGCAAGGCGAAGAUAUUGUAUUUUUAUGAAGUAUUGCUUGGUAAACAUUUCAAAGGCUCGCUGUCUAGUAUUGAGUCGUCACAUAGUGGCUUUUCACAGCUUAGUCUUACGACACAGGGUAGUCACACCACUGCAUCCAGUGCGAACUCUGGCAAGUCAAAAGUCUCCAGAUGACAUAAACUAAAUUAUAUGAAUAAUGAUAUUUAGAGAAUGAAAGAAAUUAUGAAUUAUUUGUAACGAUACGUCAGAAUGCCAGCUAUUUCAAAACUCGUUCGACCGUGAAAUCGUUUCCUGGAAAGACUUCGCUGACAUAAAUGCAUCCAGCACUUAUUGAUCACAUGAUCACCGAAGUUGAUUAUAAAUAAAAAUCUUUAUAGGUUCAUCUGCUUUAGAAGAAGUGAACUCAACACCUAAAUGGAUAUUUAAGACGUUUUCACUGACUCUCGUGACAAUGUUAUAGAAUGUUGUUAUGACAGCUCUUCAUUACUUGACCCGUACAGUAGCAGCGUGGUCGGCCCGCUUAUUUAGUCUUGCUUUGCAAAUUUGUCGUUGCUCACUUCGUGUUGGGAAUUUGCUAAGCAGAGUAAUAAUUUGCCGGCUGAUUGCGACACUGACAGUGGCGUAGCCAGCCCGCAAGUUUGGUCCUACUAUGUUAAUUUUUCUGUCUUCACUCAGUGUAAAAACAAAAGAUUUCUAAAGAAAUGAGUAAUGUUAAUGACCUAAAAUUUACACAGCAGGACCAAAACUUGCGGGCUGGCUAACGCUACUGGACACUGAGUACGAAGAUGUGCCGAAUAUCUUGGCCUCGCUUGAAUUUUCCCGCCAGUCGGGGCACUCAAGUUUUCCCGUUCGCUUAAAAAAGGACAUUUGAUGUCCACGUCACAAAGCAUGCAGAGAUUCAAUUCAAGUUGAAACGAGUGUCAACUCCUCGCGUUUUCUAAGUAUUCCCUAUUGAAAAUGAUGGUGGAAUAUGUAUUAAUUCAGAUUUUUUUCAACAGCAGUUCACCGUAGCUAUUUAAGUUUGAUAGUUGCCUUUCAUUUAGUUUUUCCGUUUACAUGUGUCGAAUUGAUCUCGUUAAAAUUCUCGUUGAAUUAAGCCUCUGCAGUUUUGACGUGGGGUUUUGUCAGUGAAUUGCCUUUUGUAUAGCGUUUGACUUAUUGUUAUGUAAUUGAACCUUGAAGCUGGGCUUUUUUUUGCCAUCUUGACGCAGUGCAAAAUAUGUGGUGUGUUGCGCAUGCGUUGUUACAAUGUGGUAUUGUGCACGCACGCUAGAGUGAUUAGACGCGGGCGUCAAUCUACUCACAGCCACUAAUAAUAAAACUGUAUUAAGAAAGACUGGUUAAGAGUAUUUACAAACUUUUGUAUUUUGAAAAGUCGAUAAAAUUAAACAGAAUUUUAAUGCAUCAGCAAAA